GGCCCGCAGCUGGAACGCGAGCGCGCGCCCCACCGAGCGCCCGCCCGCCGGGGGCCUGAUCGCUGGGGCGCGUGCGCGAGCGGUGCAGCACCGGUCGCGGGAGCAGGGAGUAUUAUGGGCUGUGGGUGCCUCUGAGCAAGAUGGAGCUGUCUGCAGUGGGCGAGCGUGUCUUCGCGGCCGAAUCCAUCAUCAAACGCAGGAUCCGCAAGGGACGCAUCGAGUACCUGGUGAAAUGGAAGGGGUGGGCGAUCAAGUACAGCACUUGGGAGCCAGAGGAGAACAUUUUGGAUUCGAGGCUCAUCGCAGCCUUCGAGCAGAAGGAAAGGGAACGUGAGCUGUAUGGGCCCAAGAAGAGAGGACCCAAACCCAAAACUUUCCUCCUAAAGGCCCGGGCCCAGGCCGAGGCUCUCCGCAUCAGCGAUGUGCAUUUCUCAGUCAAGCCGAGCUCCAGCGCCUCCUCGCCCAAGCUGCAUUCCAGUGCCGCGGUGCACCGGCUAAAGAAAGAUAUCCGCCGCUGCCACCGCAUGUCCCGCCGUCCCCUGCCACGACCAGACCCACAGGGUGGCAGCCCUGGCCUGCGCCCACCCAUCUCGCCCUUUUCUGAGACCGUGCGCAUCAUCAACCGCAAGGUGAAGCCCCGGGAGCCCAAGCGGAACCGCAUCAUCCUGAACCUGAAGGUGAUUGACAAGGGUCCGGGAGGAGGCAGCACUGCACAGGGUGCAGGGGCGCUUGCCCGCCCCAAAGUUCCGUCACGCAACCGGGUCAUUGGGAAGAGCAAGAAGUUCAGUGAAAGCAUGCUGCGCACCCAGAUCCGCCACAUGAAGUUUGGCACCUUUGCUCUGUACAAGCCCCCGCCCGCCCCUCUGGCGCCCUCUACCGCGGGCAAAGCCGACAUGGCCUCCUCUGGGCCUGGGCUGCUACUGUCCAACCCAGCAGCUGCCCCCUAUGAUGCACACAGCUCCAGCUCUUCCGGCUGCCCCUCACCCACACUGCAGUCCUCUGACCCAGACGAUGCACCACCCAAGCUACUCCCUGAGACCAUGAGUCGAUCUGCUCCCAACUGGCGGGAGCCAGAGGUGCUUGAUCUGUCCAUCCCUCCUGAGGUGGCAGCCUCCGUCCAGCGGGCACCUCCCGAUGUCACUGCUGCUGCAGGCCAAGUGCUCGACACAGCCCUGGAGCCCACAGGUGCCUGCUCCUCCGAGCCUGAGGCUGGGGACUGGCGCCCCGAGAUGUCGCCGUGCUCUAAUGUAGUCGUCACAGAUGUCACCAGCAACCUCCUGACCGUGACCAUCAAAGAAUUCUGCAGCCCUGAGGAUUUUGAGAAGGUGGCUGCAGGUGUGGCAGGUGCUGCAGGGGGUGGUGGUGGCACCGGGCCAAGCAAGUGAGGGGCUUCCCCAAGGAGGAAGGCUGGGGGGGCCUCCUUCCUAGAAUCAUACUUGUGCUCCCACCCAGCCCCUGCCCUCAGACCUGUCUGCCUGUGCUUUGCUUGCCUCAAAUGGCUCCUUGUUGACCCAGGGAUGGGGCUGGGUAGUCCUGGAUGUGGUUAGGGCCCUAGUAGGGCACAGGAAGGAAGAAAUGUGCCCUGGUUUCCCUGGAACUGUCCCUGACUCUGUAGGUGGGGUCCAGUAGGUGGCUCCUGGGGAAGCCCAAGAACUUGGGGUUCACCUGACCUACCUAUACCCCACCCUGCCUCUCUUGCUUGCUUCUUGCUCUGUGUGCAGCAUCUGGUCUCGGUGCUAUCUUAGCUUCAGGGCCCCUAGGAGAUCCCACCUAGGGUGGGCACAGUCUCUUAGUGCUGCCUAGGACUGAGUGAAGGAUGAUGCCAACAUGGGCUCCUCCCUCAACAGCAUCAAGGGUGGCAGCUGGGCCAGAGGUUGCCUUCCCUGCUUGCCUACAUCUGGACUAGGCCCACGCAGAUCUUGUGCCCCACACACCCUGUGUCUAUCCAAAACCCCUUUGAAGGUGGAUGGGCUGGCAGACAUAGCACCCUGCUGUAGCCUCUGGGCAUCUGAAAGCCCCCUACAUUUUCUACCAAAGGUGCUGCAAGAACCUGCUGUGGAAACUUCUGUGCAUGUGUGUUUGCCCUUGGCUUGUUCUUGCGUAGAUCCAUGUGUGUGUUGGGUGCAGGGCCUCAGGCUUUCCUGCAACACCCUUUACGGUUCCUCAGAACAGGGUCACUGAAGGCGUGGCCUCCCUUGCCUUAGCCAGGCCUGGUACAGUCUGGUCUGUGUGGUUUGCUAUGGAAGCCACAGACCUCUUCUUCAACCCCAGGUUCCUGGGGGACAUGAAACCCUCAGGCCCUUCUUGGGGUGGUCAUCUUGAAAGUCAGACCUUCACCCUGCAGACAUGCAUGGUGGGGACUGUAAUGGGGGAGGGCCCAGUGCCAGCCUCUCUUAUUGCAGAUGUUGGUAGAGGAAAGAGAAGGCCUAGAGACCUCCCAGGGGUUUCUCCCACCCUUCUGGUUUUAACUGCUGAGCUCCCUGGCAGUCUAGCCUGUUGGAAGACUUUGGGUGCCUUGGGCAGCUUCGCUUGCCUUCUGCUGCUAGGGAACUGAGGCAUCCAUGCCUAUGGCGAGACCAAAGCCCCAAUUGCAGGCCAGGCACAAGGACAGUGGGCAGGCCAGAGGGAAGAGGGAGCGAGCCUAUCCACAGGCAGCAUUAGGGACUCCACUGGCCUACCCUUGGCCAUUGUCUGGGAUUUACUUGGGUGUUGAGUAGGAUGUUCCUAUGUGUAGCCUGAGCUGGCUCUUGGUGUGCCUGGCCUUUGGUACCUUGCUCAGAGCAUGGUAAAAGGUGGAACCAGCUGACCCGAGGACAAGUAUUCUGGUCUUAGGGGAAGAUGCUCUUCCUUCCUACCCCCCUGCCAGGGUCUGCAGCACAGCCCCAGCCCUCCUCGCCCCAGGGUAUGAAACAGGGUUUGAGGGGGCCACAGUCCAGGUCCCACCUUGUCCUGUGUUAACCCUGAUACCGUCCAAGUGCCAAUUGGCUUUUCCCCCAAAUAAGGGCUGGUAUUUCACCUCUGUCCUCAGAGGUGAUUUCCCCCUCCCCCUUCCCCAGGUGAGCCACCACCUGGGUGCCAGUUACAGGUGUUUGCAGAGACCAUAGAAAUGUGUUUUCCUGAGAGUCUGUGUCAUUUGUGACCUUUUUUUGUAAAGAAGUUGUGUUUUCAGAGGUGAUUUUAUGACAGGAAAGUGAAAGAGUUAGUUUUGCAAAAAAUGAAAAAAAAAAAAAGAAAAAAAAUUUUAAAAAGUAAAAAAAAAAGAAAAGAAAAAGUAGAAAAAAAUAUUGUGGGAUUCCUAAGUGUGGGGUGGCGGGAGAAAGCUAUUUAAAGAGAACAUAGCAGCGAUUGCACAGGUGAGGUGGCAAUGUUAGGGUCUGGUGGAGGCCCGAACUAGCUGCUGGGUCCCCCGUCCCCGUGUCCGUCCGUCCAUCCCCUCCGUUGAAGGCACCAUAGAGGUGGCUGUGGCUGCCCUCCUUCCUUGGCAGCAGGCAGGGCAAGUCUUCUUUGGCGAUCUAGGAGCAGACUUCCAUUCCAGUGCUUGCUUGAAAGGAAGAGUGACAGCUGGUUCCCAGGGAGCUGGCAGGAAGCUCAGGGGAUAGGCAGAUAAUUGUCAUGGGACUCCUUGGGGACUAGAUUCACUGUGCUUUUCCUUAGGAAGACUUCUUAUCCGUAUGCUGUUACUUUUCACCAGCUUGCUGGGUCAUUUCACCCUAAAGACCAAGUCACCUUUGAGUUCCCCUGUUUAGGAAAGGGAUGCGGGCUUCAGAAGCACACUGAUGGGGUAACUGGUGUACAAGGCAUCAAGGUGCAUGGACAAGGGGAAUGCACGGGACUGCUGGUGUGCAGAGCCCUUCUUCCCUCUCCUGGAUGGCCUGAAGUAAGAGGCCUAGACCCCUACACAGACUCCUACACAACCUUGCACCAUCAGCCUACUGCAGGCCCCUCCUCCACCCUUGCUGCUUUUCUUUGUUUGCUUAAUUACCAAGCAGAAGCUGCAGUCCUGUGCGCUUUAUUUUCAUAUGUGAAAUGACCUCCCUGAUGGUCAUGCCCUGUAAAUGCUCCCUUCCCUCCCACCUGUCAGGAAAUGGUAGUGAGUCCCCAGGGUCUUGGGUUUUGAGAUGGAAGGUCAGGGCCCAUCCCAGCUUAGUCAGUCCCUCUGUGAAAGGGCUGUACAGAGCAGCAAGGCCUCCUCACAAAGCACUCUGGGGCCUCCAGCUGCCCACAUUCCCUGAGGGAGCAAAAUGAGCCUCCUCUGGCAAGCAAGCCAUCCUUGCUUCAAUGGGAGGGGGUGGAAUGGGAGGAAUUGUCUCUUUCAAAGGAGGUUAAACUACUUCUCUGGAGUGAUGAGAGCUUAGAGCACAGGCUUCCCUGGCCUUCAAAAGGAAAGGUGGGGACUCGGGCUGGCUGUUGCUUAGGCUAGAGAGUUGGACCUAGCAGAAACUAGGCCAGUCUACCAUCUGGGCUUAGGCCAGCCUUCCUGACAUCUGGGGACUUGAGAGGCCAUACCCCCCCUCCCUUACUUUUCUGGUUUUUUGGUUGACUUUCUUCUUUGUUUUGUUUUGCACUUCAAUGGAUGGUAGAACCAGUCUGGUUAGUUCUGCCCUGAGUUCUGGUGCACUAGGCCAAGGUGGCCUCUCUGGGGCUUCUGCGGUUCAAGGAAUCACUUUUUAAAAGAUAAGAGAAAAUUUAAGGGUUUUAGUUUUGUUCUGUCUGCUUCUCUUCUUGGUUCGUGAAGCUCAGAGAGUAGAGUUCAGCACCCCUUCUGAUAGCCACCACCGAGAAGGUUGGGUGGGGGUAAGGACCCACUUCCCAGCCUAUAGGUCCCUCCAUCCAUAAAGGAGUCAGGACUCCACUACCACUGUCGUAGAGCACCAGUAGGUGAUGGAGCCAGAGGGUCUAAAGAGGCCAGGUGGAAGGAAGGAGUCAAAUGCUGGGCUCAUCUGUGCUGAGGCGUGAAGCAGGCAUCUUUUCGUCAGUUUUAACUUAAAAACACAAAGACCUAAAGAAAUAUGUAUGUUAUAAUUUUGUUUUAAUUUUUAAGAAGCUCAUUUGAUGAACUGCACGAAUGGAUUCUAUAUAUAUAUAUAUAUAUAUAAAAUAUACAUACAUAGCUCUAUAUUUGGGGGUGGGCACUGUCUCUUCUCUCGAGUUUUAAGGGUGACGUGUCUACCUUUGUCUGUGGUUCAACCAUCCAGCUCCCAGCUGGCUAAACUUUGCCUCCAGUGGUUAAUGACGGGAACAUGGUAAAGCUGGCCAGUGGAUAAAGGGGUGGGGUCCCCAGUCUGCCCAACCCCUCGGGGAAGGACUUCUAGUGGGGAAGGUAGCUUAUUUUGGAUGUGGGUUUGGUAGAUUCUGGGCCAGGGGAGGGCGGGCUUGUGCUGAUCACUCUGUCUCGUUCGUUUUGUUCUGCUGCUCUUCAAUAUUGUAUCAAUGCCAGGAAAAGGGGGUGAGACCUCUUUCACCCCCAAAUAAAUUGUCACAUUCCGAAGCUAA